AUGCUGACAAAACCCGGCAUUCUAGUCGGCAAGGCAUGCGAGGACGUCCGGAUCCAUCACCCCUCGGCGACGGCAUUCCUGGCAUGCGGAUACCCUGAGACUCGCAAGGUCUUCUACCCGCCCAUUAACCGCUUCGACACGUCCUCGGCCGACACGUACCAUGAGUACUUCCUCAAGUAUGAUAUCAAGACAGACACGGCCUCCAAGCUCAAGCUCGAGGGCAUCGAUUCGUCAUACGAUCUGAUCCUCCAUGGGAUUGACAUGUUUGAGGUGAAGGAGGAACCUGACAGGAUCUACCUCUUCGCCGUCAACCACGGCCGCAAAGGCGAAUCAAUCGUCCUGUUCUACCACAUUUUUGGGUCAGACGUCUUGACCUUUGUCCGCGACUUCAGCCACCCGCUGAUCAAGACGCCCAACGCCGUAGCGGCGACGAGUCUCAGCUCCUUUUUCAUCACAAACGACCAUUACUUCUACGGGGGUGGCCCUCUCGCGACGCUCCUCCGCAGCCACGAAGACCACUGGGGUCCCUUCAAGUGGGCUUCCAGCGUGGUUCACUGUUCCGUGGGGAACCAGACCCCGAGUUCGAUUGCCGGGGACCUGGACUGCAAGAUCGUAUCCCCACCGAAUGGCCACCCCAGCGCCAACGGAGCGUUGUUGGUAGACGGCGGCAAGACGCUCUUGAUCAAUGAUGUCGUGGAAGCCACGACGACGGUGUACGACGUGGAUCCCGAGACCAAGAUGUUGAGUGUGAGGAAGAAGGUGCGACUCGGCGCCUCGGCCGACAAUCUUUCGGAAAUACCCGGCACCGGAGACAUCGCUGUCGCAGUCUUCCCCGACGUCGCGGCGUUGAGAAAACGCCUGUUCCACCCUGACGAUAUCCUCGAUUCGUCCACCAAAGCCGAGGCCGCGGUGCUUCGACUCGUCAAGGCCAAAGACUACGAGCCAGAGUUGCUGUACUGGGACGACGGGAGCUUGAUCACCGUGUUGACGGCCGCGGCGAUCGAUCCGAAGCACGGCAAAAUGAUCGCCGGAGGGGUGGUCGAGAGGCAUUUCAUCGUUUGCGAUAUUGACGUCUGA